AUGUCGUCACAAAUCAUGUCACAUGGUAUCUACCGUCGGGAUUCAAACGAAAUCCAAGAAAAACCGCUAGAAAUCGACACGGAAUCGAACCCAGACCGCAGCCGAUCGAAUAGCCCUAAAAAUAUGAAAUUUUAUAAACAAAUGGAUGAGGAGAAAACCAUUUUGAACCAGGGAAAGAAAUCGUUUUGCAUAGACGCGUUGCUCUCAAGACAGUUACCUGAAAAUAGUCUCCAGGACAAAAUGGCCCACCAAAAAUAUUUGACAAUAAUCCACAAUAAAAACUAUAUCGGCAGGUACCAAGAAAAUUACGAUUCACAAAUUGAGCAGAAUAUGAUAAAUAAAUGUGAGGGUCGAGAGAGUCCCACGUCUGGACAACGGAGUCCCAGGUCUGGGCAGAGCAGUCGGUCGGCUAGUCCAGGGUCUGAUGAUGGGAACCGGUCUGGGAGUUACAGUCCUCCGAUAUCGCCAGGAGUGGAAGGUGGCAAUGAAGAGUAUGAGAGUUAUAGACCAGGUAUAAUCCCAAAACCAGGACUUCUACCUCAAAACCCAGCGCUGGUAGCAGCACAAUCAGCAGCACUCUUCAAUUACCCCCAGCUGUCACAGCCGGGCGCUCUGCCCCCCGGGGCUCCACUGCCGUCCGCCUUCCACCACCCUGGAGACAGGGUGCUCCACCACAUGCAGCUGGAGUGUGUGUCGUGUUUACCGUCAACAAAAUCCAUAGAGUAUCUAGAAAAUUUAGAAUUGUUUUCUUUAAAGAGAAGUGCACCUCACGCUCUUCUUGGCAAGACCAGAAGACCACGCACAGCAUUCACGUCACAGCAACUCCUGGAGUUGGAGAAGCAGUUCAGAAUGAAUAAGUACCUGUCCAGACCAAAGAGGUUUGAAGUAGCCACCAGCUUGAUGCUCACGGAGACUCAGGUAAAAAUCUGGUUCCAAAACAGAAGAAUGAAGUGGAAACGAUCAAAAAAGGCGCAACAGGACUCUAAGAAUAAAGAUACGCCACAGACUGAAGAGAAAAAACCAAAAGAAAUACCAAAUGAACAAGAAAAACCUCCUUCAAUGGCGGGAGAUUUGACAGCUGUCAAACCUAUGUUAGACAGGGACAGAAUUAUCGCGCUAGAGAGAGAAAGGGCGAUGGCUGCAGCGAAUUUUAAUUCGAAUUUGGAAAAUAGGCGCGGAUUGGUCGUUAUGAAUCAAGAUGGCGGUAGACCUAUGGACAUGUUUAGGCCGUAUGUGGUAUGA